ACCUAGAUGGGCGGCAGAGGCCCGUGCAGGAGGCUGGUUGGCUGGACACUGGGUAGGGAAAGGGAUGGACCUCAGGUAGGGAGGGGUUGGAGAGGAAGAGAGGCCCGGUGGGUCAGGGUCAGUCCUCAGGUGUUGGGGAAGGGUCCCCAGUGCUGCGCCCAACCUGAGGUUAGAAGGUACUUGUUAUGGAAGAGAAAUAUGCCCUGGGUAGCCUUACAUGGCUUCCCCUCCCAUCCAAAGGAGAUGCUGGGCCCCGAGGCCCCUGGGCAGGGAAGCCAGGCAACCCCAGAUCAAGCCACAGUGAAGACCUCAACCUUUGGCUCUCUCCUUGCUAUUCAGAAGGAGGACAGUGGUCAGCAAAGGGGAGUCCAACUGUGUAGGCCAGAUAGACAACUUAGGAUGGGGAGAGCUCAAUGGCUUCCCCCAUGGGAGCCGACAGUGGGCAGCCCCGAGCCCCUUUCCCACACUGAGGCUAAAGUAGCAACCUCAUCCCCACCCUUGGGUGUUUGCUGUCAUAUGACUCCCUGUCACCAGCCGGGCCAUUCCUUUCCAGAAAUCCCCUCUCCCUCCAGCACCUCUGCACCGCUGACACCUCUUGCUGAUGGCACGCCACCCUGUCCUUCAGCUGAGACAGGACGACUCUUAGGUCCUGUUAGCAUGAGGGGCACAAGCAGAAGUCCGCCCAUGUGCUGUGUGCCCAUCCUCUGCCCUAACCACCUGCUGAGAGUGUUCCCUCCCUCGACAGCCAGCUCCUCCUGUCAGACUGGGGCAUUCUGGAAUAGGGAUAGGGCCUCCUUUGCCUGGCGGUGGAGCUGUCCGCAGAGGGAGGCUCAGGAGGCUGUGUGGCCAUGCUGGAACUGUGUCCUAGUGUUGUCUGUGGGGUGGGAGGGGAGGGGGGAAGUCUUGUGAGAUGCCCUGUCACUUCUCUGUGCAGAGUCUUGUCCUCAGAGCAGGAAAUAAAGCAUUCCCAGGA